UCGUGCCAUACGAUCGCAACUCUCUAGGCAUAGGAAUGCCAAUUUGGCGUGAUUGACUGUGCGGGUGUGGCGCAUCCCAACUAUGCGCCUCAGCCUCCCCCCACGCAUUACUGAACGUUCCAAGGAUAGGCCAUGGGGUAUUCAUUGUGCUGCGCUGGGCAGAUCUGCUCUGUGUGUUUAUGUACUUUGCAGAGAAACGCACCAAGAGAGAAUGGCAACCGCCCAAACCAUUAGCCACUGGUCAAGACCGCAUAUCAGACAUACCGACCACUGGAGCAAACUAAAGAGCAAGUCGUACUAUCACUCGCAGACCUCGACUGGGAACUACAUCUGUUACUGCAGGCCCCAGAACUACGAUCCACAUGGGCACAAAUACAGCCGAAGACCUUUUGAAACUCUAACUUCCCUAAUCCCACAAACCAGCUCCUACUCGCACCAUUUCCAGAAGAUCAAAAGUUACAGAGAUCAACCCCGCAAGAGCAGCAGAAAUCACACCCUUGCCCGGGUCGGGAAUGCAGAGCUGAGCCGGGAACUGGCAGAGAUUAGCUCCCUCCAGCUCCCCACGGCCCAGCAGUGGCUGUCAGGGAGAAACUCCGCCAGUCUGAGGAGAUCACCCUCAGCCAGCAGCCGCAGAGCAAGACAAGGUUUCAUCUACUGGCCUAGAGAGCCAGCCAAGUCCUCUUCACCCACUGUCAAUAAAGCCUUUGCGUCUAGAGGAACCUUUCUUGGAAUAUGAGCAAAAACCACUUGGUCAUUUGACUCUGCACCACUUUUGAUCUGUAUAAUAUAUACCCCACCCUUUCCUCAUAAGCAUUGGUGUAGCAUCAGUCAUUGUCUUUUUGUUCUAGAAUAGUUCUAAAUACAGUUUGGAUUUCAUCAAUCAUGUCACUGGCUAGCGUGGAUCGACCAGUGCUUGGCAAACGCCAGCUCUGCACACUUCUUGACCAGGUAGCAGCUUCCAUAGGCUGCCAAUAGCUGUCCAGGUACCUGUGUCUGUGCAGUGUUGGUCCAGUGAGAAAAGAGUCCAAUGGUGCCUGACAAUAGGUCUCCCUGCCCACCACAUCUCCGCGGGCUACCCCUUUCAUUACACUCAAUUACUGUAAUAGGAAUAACACGCAUUUGUACAGGUAAUAUGUGUAAUCUUUGAAAUGAAAUUUCUCACUGUUUUGUCCAUCCGUGAUCAAAUCCACUUGCCCCUUCCUGACUAUAACAAGAUUUCCAAGUUUUGCAGCUAGCAAUUU